CACUACGGUCAGCAGCUGCGUAACUGAAUUUUCAAGCUCACGUCUCCCAUAUAUUGAGGGAUAUUGGGGCGAGGUGCUUGGCGGCGUUUGGCCAAAAGUGGUUUUGACCUUAUACGUUAAUAUUGAUGCAUUUCGAAUAAACAUACACACACAUACAUAUGUACACCUAUGUACGUAUGUACAUAUGUAUAUGUCGCUACUAAAAUAAGCAAAGCAAUACAGUCUCUUUUGUUUUUGGCUCAGUGAGCAUUGCGUCGCUCUUGUCAUCAUCUUCGAAGCUGCUUAGUCUGUAUUGUGGCAUAGUGUCAUCAACAUGGGUCUGGCCUCCACUACAGUGAAGCAUCUGCUGCUGCUCCUAAAUUUCAUUUUCGUGGUGCUCGGUCUGGUGCUCAUUGCUUUUGGCAUCUUUUUUCUGGUAAGCGUUACCGAGAAUGCCGUUAGUAUUGGCGAAAAUGUGGCGGGCGGCCUAAUAAUUGGCCUGGGCGUGGUUAUACUGAUCAUUUCAAUAUUUGGAUGUCUAGCAGCAAUACAUGAGGCACGCGUGCGAUUGCUUAUAUACGUCAUUGCCGUGGUGCUCCUCAUUCUCACACAGCUGCUGUUUCUUAGCAUGGCAUCCCAUGGCACCAAGGAUGGCAUAUCGGGCAGUAUUAACGAAGGCUUUGAGCGUUUGUGGGAUGAGGAGCAGAAAGAGUCCGGUGCUUUGGCCUACUACGAGGAAUGGCUGCAAUGCUGUGGCGUCAAUAGCCCCGAGGACUAUUGGAUUAUCAAGCAUGCUAUACCGAUAACCUGUUGUGCUGAUCGUAAGUGCAUCGAUAGCUCAAGUGUUCACCAGGCCGGCUGCAAGGCGAAGUUUGUGGAGUACUUGGAUGACAAGCUCCUGACUUUCAAAAUUGUGUCCUGGCUGCUCAUUAUAGGCGAGACUAUUGGCGCUGUCUUUGGCUGGAUGCUAUUGAGCAGUCUUAAGAAUCAGAGUCGCCGCAAUAAUGCCGCCUGGAUGUAGAACAAUUCGUUAACUAAUCUACGAGUAACUGAAUUUAAAAUGUUCAUUAGCCUGUUAAUUUAAUGAAUGUACAAAAAUCUAAUAAGUAUUAAUUUGCUAUUAAUAUAAAUACAUAUAACUGUCAAAGUGUUUUAGAUCA